UGGCCCUUUAUGGAUUGGAUAACCCAAUCCAAACGCAUCCUUGGAUUUGACCCAGUGGGUGACCCAGCAAGCUUAAUGGGUCGCAUGGGUCACCCACCUUCUUCCUUAAUAGCCUAGGGUUUUAAACCCUUUCAUUGCGCCACCGCCGCCACCUCUGUAUUUUUCAUCUCCAGCGGCUUUGGCCGCCCGCUUACUCUUUUAAUGGCGGUCUUCGAGCUUCGCGAACAGGGAGCAAGGCAUCCCAUAACCGAUGAUCGACCGAUCGGCCACUGUUAUGGCGAAAACAAUCCAUUUCAGGUUGCCCAUGGCGAAACAUCGAUCGACGGUAGCACGAGGCAUAAUCAGCCACCAUCGACGACAGCAAAACCCAUGGCCGCGAUCGAUCGGUCCUCUUCACCGGCCAUCCAUCAUUCUGGCAAAAGCAAAGACGAAUCAUGGGGAAGACACAGGGCCGCGGCUAUGUCGAUGCAAGCUCCGUCGCCCAGAGUUAUGGCGAGCAGGGAUCGACGGCUCAAGAUCGACGCCACUGUUAUGGCCAAGAUCGAUCGGUCUUCCUGGCCAUGGCGGAUACGCCGUCGAUUUGCGCACGAUGAAGAAGAGGAAACGAUGGCCAUGGAGGAACGCAUAAACCCAUGGCCACCGAUAUCGCACAUCACUGGCAACAAGUAGAUCUCUUGGAUUUACGGAAACAAAGAGGAAGCGUUGGAGAAGUAUUUGCCAGACACGAGCGAGAUUCCAGCGAAGAGAAGGAGAAACAGAAGGUGCAGAGACGGAGGAUUACUCUAAUGGAAGCAGCCAACAUUUCUGGGUGGGAUUCAGAAAAUGGCACAACCCACGGUCUUGAAGCAAAACUUGCCCGAGAAAUCAUCAAAGACAUCCUUCAUAAACUGAGAGAUAAGGAUUCAAGCAUUCUUGAUUAUGUUGUUGGAUUAGAUCCUCGUGUAGCAGAAGUGAAAUCACUGUUGGGUAUAGGAUUGGAUGAUUCACGUAUAGUGGGGAUAUGUGGAAUGGGUGGUAUAGGAAAGACUACCAUUGCCAAGGCUGUUUAUAACCAAAUUUGUUCUCAGUUUGAUGCUAGCAGCUACCUUGCAAAUGUUAGAGAAACUUCUGAGAAACAUGGUUUGGAGUCAUUGCAAGAAUUGCUUCUCUCUGGCAUCCUCUUAGACAGUGAUAUAAAAAUAAGAAAUCUUGAUCGAGGGCUUAGUAUGAUAAUGAACAGGGCACAAUGUAUGAGGGUUCUUGUAGUCCUUGAUGAUGUGGACCGGUUAAAUCAACUGGAAGCUCUUGUUGGAAAGCUUGAUUGGUUUGGUUUAGGAAGUAGAAUUAUAAUAAUGACCAAAGACACUCAUUUACUUAACAAUUAUGAAGUGGAUCAUGUGUAUGUAGUUAAAGAACUAAAUAAUGAGGAAGCUGUUAAGCUAUUUUGUUGUAAAGCAUUUAGGAAAAACCAACAAACACAGGGUUAUGAGGGGCUCACAAACAGUGCAGUUAGUUAUGCUAAAGGAGUUCCAUUAGCUCUCUGAGUUUUGGGCUCUUUUCUCUUUGGCAGAAGCAUAAUUGAAUGGCGAAGUGCAGUUGAUAGAAUAAGGGAAAAGCCCAAUGCAGAAAUUCAGGAAGUUCUCAAAUUAAGCUAUGAUGGACUGAACCAUGAAGAGAAGGAAAUUUUCUUGACAUUGCUUGCUUCUUUAAAGGGGAGAGCAAAGAUUACAUAAUAGAUAUACUGGAUGCUUGUGGCUUCUGCACUCAUAUUGGUAUACAUAUUCUUGUUAACAAUAUUGAACAACAAGAUAGAUAUGCAUGAUCUAAUGCAAGAAAUGGGAUGGCAUAUUGUUAGUGAAGAAUCACCAAAAGAGCCUGGUAGUAGAAACAGGUUGUGGUACAAUAGUGACAUCCACCAUGUUCUCAAAAAAAAUACAGUAAGUGCUCUCUUGAAAUGUGUUGAAUUGUUAGCAACCUUCUCAUAUAUUAGCCUAAGCUUGUAGAGAGAAAGUAUCUUUAUCUUUUAUGUUGUUAUUUUUACUCUGAAUAGAAUGAAAGGGAAAUAGAACACUUUGGAAAACAUUCACUUCUUUAAUUUCUUACCCUUUCCUCUUAUUUAUUAGGGGACAGAAGCAAUUGAGGGCAUAAUUUUGGCUUCUUCUCGAAUUAAAGAAAUCCCCUUGAGUCUUCGUACAUUCUAAAAAAUGAGUAAAUUACUACUCCUUAGGGUUCAUAAUAUUCAGCUUCCUCAUCGUCUUGACUACCUCCCAAUGAGUUAAGCCAUCUUGAUUGCCUGCAACAACUAUGGAAGGGAACAAUGGUAUGGCUAAAAUAGUUUUAUGCAUGCUUUUUUCCUUAACUACAUAUGGUUGUGUUGUUGAAAUCCUAUUUAUCCUAAUAAGCUUUAUCCGUUGCUAUUUAUGACAGUCCCUAGAGAAGUUGAAAUACAUUGACCUCAGCUAUUUGUUAUACAUAACUGAGACCCCAGAUUUUACACUGGUGGUAAAUCAUGAGAAACUGAUUCUUGAAGGUUGUAUGAGCUUGGUUGAGAUUGGCCCAUCCAUUGGAGCCAUUAAAGGACUUGCUUUCUUAAAUUUAUAGGACUGCAAAUAUCUUAAGGUUCUUCCUACAAGCAGUUGGUUGAAAUCCCUUCAAAGUCUUGGUUCUUUCUGGUGGGUCAAAACUCAAAAAUAUUUCUCAAGUCCUAGCAUGUACAAAAUGCUUAAUUGAGCUUUAUUUGGAUGGGACAUGUAUCAUGGAACUGCCAGUUGAACAUGUCAACAAUCUUGUCUUAUUUUGUCUACGGGAUUGCAAAAAACUUACAACUCUUCCAAGUGGCAUUUGUGGGUUGAAAUUUCUCAAAACAUUGAUUCUUUCUGGCUCCUCAAACCUUAACAAAUUGCCUCAGAAUUUGGGAGAACUGGAAAGCUUGGAAGAGCUUUGUGCUGAUUUGACUGCUAUUAAACAGCCACCAUCAUCCAUUAUAUUCUUGAGGAACCUUAAAUCGUGGAUGCAAGGGAGAAACAUCUACGCUAUGGAAUUCUGUGUUUUCUACAUUUAUAAUUCCAAGAAAAUGUCAAGAUCCCGUUGGUUUGGUGCUACCUCCUCUAUUGGGUUUAUGCUCAUUGAAAGAGCUAGAUCUUAGUGACUGCAACAUUUCAGAAGGAUUUCUCCCAAAUGACCUAGGCUCUUUGUCCUCAUUGGAAGGUUUAAAGCUUUAGUGGUAACAGUUUUAUGAGUUUGUCGGCAAGCACCAGUGGUCUUUCCAGACUUAUAUCCAUUGCUUGAGCUCCCAUCAAGUAUUGUUUACAUUAAUGCCAAUGGUUGCACAUCAUUAGAAAGAUUACCCAAUCUUACUACUGCUUAUGAAAAGCUUCAGGAGUUCACAUUGAAUAAUUGCCAUAUGCUAGCAAAGAAUCAUCUCAGCAAGAGCCACCUUGCCCUUGAACUUUUCCAAAGUCACCUUGGGCUCUCUCUCUCCCUCCCACCCCCCCCCCCCCCCCCCCCCUCCUCUCUCUCUCUCUCUCUCUCUCUCACACACACACACACACGUCCUUGUGGGUGGGGUGCAGGGUUUUGCUACUUCAAGGUUCGAAGAAUUCACCAUUGUUGUUCCUGGAAGAGAGGUUCCAAAGUGCUUCAGCUAUCAAAAUAAUAUGGGAGAUACUGUCCAAAGCCCACUGAUGCCAGGUUGGUAUGUGAAGCUCAAGGGUUUUGUUGUAUGCGCUGUUUUUGCAGCACGGGCUGCAACUCAUGCCAAAGGCCAUGUGAAUUGCGGCUGGUUGUCCAUUGAUGUUGCAGUCCACACCCUUUGGCUACUACUCUAGGAUGCAAUACUUUGAUUCAGAUCAUUUGUUUCUGCACUUCAAACCAUUCCGAUCAAUUCCCUUUGUUGACCACGGGGAGGUGGAUCUGUUGAAUUCAUGGACUCAAUUCAUCGCUAAUUUUAUCAGUGGUAACCCUGAAAUGUUUUUCCCAAAAGAAUGUGCUACAUGGCUGCUGUAUGAGAAGGACGUGGAAUGUAUGGGUCCAAGAACAAGUAUCCAACAAAGUGUCUCUGAGCUAAUGCAAUAUGAUAUAUUGAGAAAGAGGAGCCGCCAUGAAUCUUACUUAAAUGAGGCGGAUACAGGAGAAAGUACGUUGCUGUUCAUUUUGAUAGAUUGCUCUUAAAUUUGUGAUCUCUUGCCUGUUGGUACUGUAGUUCUUUCUCCUCACUUCUUACCAAAGUGACAUGGUAGAGACAUUUGAACUUGAGGAACUGAAUCAAUUAUUUGUCUUUUGCACAAUUCAAGUUUUUUUUUUUUUUUUUGUGUGAGCGAAUGCAUCAAGAGGAACCAAAUUCUAAAAUUCUGUGGUCAUCAUACAUAGGUGUCAUAUGCUCUUCUAACUGAUCAUCCUUGCCAAUUUACAGUUGUUUUGCUGGAUGUUUUUUCACCAUUACGCAUAUUUAUGGGUUAUGGGUCCAGGGAGAAUCGAGAACUAACCCUAACCAAGGUAAUUAAGUCGGUGAAUUGCUUUAGUUCUCUUGUCAAAGUUGGUUCAGGUUCAAGUCCAAAAACGGUAGACUAGAAUUGGUUUGGGUUUGGGUUUGAUUGUCACUCUCGGUCUUGUAUUUGUAAAGAUGAACUGACCCAAUGAGUUUGUUUGUUUAGAAGUCCGAGUAAGCUUUUGCUUGUUUAUUUUGGCCCUAGUGAUACAAUCCCUCUCACGAGGAUGUUUUCUAACUACAAAUGUGGAGGAUUAAAUAUUUGCUAUCAUAUAUAUAUAUAUAUACAUAUAUAUAUAUAUUCCUUUUUUGGUUUUUACAUGAUUCUUGUUACUUUAAUUUUCUCGGUAGCUUUUUUUUUUCUUUUUUUUUUUAAAAAAAUAUUGGAAUAUUUUAUUUUUACCUUUUGUCAUGUUUUUCAUUAAAAGAUGUCAUUUUUUCCCGCUAAAAUAAAGGUGUAAUGAUUUCGAUCCUUGAAAAUGUCUAUUUUUGUGAAUGAAGGUGUCUGUCUUUAUCCUUAGACAAUUCUCCCCCACAACGCUGCAACCUAAACUUUUCUAAUAAUUUACUUAUUUUUGGAGUCAAGACCCAACCAGAUUCCAAUGACUGACAGAGUUGCAUUUGUUUAGCUAUGAUUGGGUUCGUUGGGUGGCAUAUUAUGUAACGAGGUUGAACUGAGCAAAGUCUUGAUGGAAAAGUAGAGGGACUUAGAAAGUGAGCAAGUAAACGAAGACCGCAAAAGUGUAGAGAGAAAAAAAAAAAUGAGAAUAAGAAGAAAAAAUUAAAAAGAGAGAGAAAAGAAUAAGAAGAAAUAUUAAAGAGAGAAAAAGAAAUUAGAGAGAGAGGGGAAUUUUUCAUCUUAAAUUUAGAUUUAGUCUUGAAAAGAAAAAGAGGAAUAGAGGAGAGAA